AUGGUGGGUACUGUAGGUGUCGCACAGAGAGCCAGUUGCACAACAUCUGCACUCAGAAUAUUUGUCCGCGGAAGCCAACGUUAUAAUCCGCGUGUUAAGGUCGAGUGUCUGCAUGCGUUGUGCUUUGACUUCGUUGAGGUCAAAGCUCAAACACUGGUUGCAUAUAUUGGAGCACCAGCUUCAAUUACAGGGGCUCUGCACCACAAAGCAAAUCUUUCCUUUGUGUAUAAAACAGCAGGCGCACUGUCGUAUGCUUACAGAUAG